AUGACGUCACGCGUACAAUUAAAAAUAUGAGCCAAUAGUGGGCGUGGAUUCUGAUGCACCGUACAUCGUCUGCGGCCUCGCCGCCGGUCUCGCAUCUCGUUCUCAUAAAAUGCAAUGCACUUCGCUGCAUGUGUGAUGGCGGUCUUCUUGAUCAACAACUGUAAAUUCAACGGUUGUGGCCUAACAUUCCCCACUCUGCGAGAACUCAUAUUACACAUCGAAGACACGCACAUAGAUAGCGACCCUAGGCAGCUAGAAAAGCAAGAACUUCAACCGCCUUCGUGCCUUCCGGUCAGUUGCAUACUUAGGGUUUUCACAGAAGCGUCCCGGAUUGAGCCUCUCGGAGCCAUACGCAAGAGACAACGGACGCUCUCGCCAGCGUCGUCGAUAUGCAGCAACACGCCAACAGGGAGCGAGAUGGACGAAGAAGAAAUGACCAGCGAAUCCGAUGACAGCAAUGAUUCGUGGACGACGCAGAACGAACUUAUCUCCGAGUUCAUCAUGAGGAUGAUGAGCAGUGCUGGCUCAACAGAUGACAAGCCCUUCGCAUGUCCAGUGCCAGGCUGCAAGAAGCGUUACAAAAACGUUAACGGCAUUAAGUACCAUGCCAAAAACGGGCACAAGAAAGAAGCCAAAGUGAAGAAGGCCCACCGCUGCCACUGUGGCAAGAGCUACAAGACUCCUCAGGGUCUGAGGACGCACACCCUGACGCAGCACGGCGCAGAGGCCCUGGUCAAGUGUUCGGACCUUGUGUCUGGCCUCGGCUCCGGCCAGGGCCACCACCAGGGGGUGCCUCGGCUACACCCUGCACCCCUGCCGGUUGUCUCGCCCACGCUGCAGCAGCACCUGCUCAGUCCCUUGGUGAUACGCCCCAGCGUGGCGUCUUCCUUCUCUUCGGUCAGUGCCGAAGGCUGAGUUCCCGUGUGGCCGUGCCGCCCCGCGGCGCCCCGGCGGCCGUCGUGAUUUGCUCUCGAUCAAAGAUGUCAUAUCCCAUAGCCUACGGACACUCUCCAAUUGUUUCAGCGUGGGCUCGACGUCUGCGGCUUCGAACAUUGCCUAACCAGUGUCAAGCGUUGCACCUUGAAGUGAAUGUGGACCGAUGCAUGCGGCAUGGCGUGGCGGGCAUUGUUAUUGGCUCUGCACCCAGAGUGAUUGUUGGACUGUGAGGCGGAGUGCGGUACAUGUACAUCUGUCUAGAGCAUGCAUUUUGUUGCGGGGUGGGGGCUCAUUAAGUAAGAUUGGGGAUUGCCUCCUAUGUUGUGUGUGCCAAGUCAAAAUCGGCACAUGGCUCAGGAACCCUACUGUGGCUUUCAAGCAGUUUCGCUCAAGGUACUGAUGGUGAACAAUAUUGCUUCUCGGACGAGACUGGUCGGUUUACGAUGUGGCGGCUCGACGUCGGCAUUAGCUAGUUGUGUCUUGCGGGCGGGAACUUGCGGGGAGAUUGCUUUGUCACCCGGCAACAAUUCCGCUUAAACUUGCCAGUAUCCGUACAUAAGCAAGAGGCUACCUGACUAAACCGUAUUUCUUUGUUUGACUGGGAAACGAUGGAAUGUUGAACCCAAACCCUGUCCCUUAUCAUUCGGAUGAAGCAAUGCCAAAGUCGUUGUCCCCAGUCUGUUGUUUCCUUGUUGCACUAGGCUUGGCAGUCAUUACUUUACCGGUCAAAUGAGUGGAGCUCCCCUGAACUUUGUUGUGUCGUCCAGUUGUCUCGUAAUUUUCUCUAGGAGUUGUUGUUCUUAUUUUUGUUUGUGUGUUGAGCAGACAAGGAGUAUAUAAGGAUGCCGAGCAUGGUUCAAGACUGAACUGUGGUGGACUACGUGGCACAGAAUCUUUCAGAUGUCCUCUCACACAUCUAUAAAAGUUUCCCAUAAAAGAGGUGUCUACAGCUUGUCAAUCUGCUUUUUUUUGCCUCUUGUCUUGGCUGCUAUUGCUCAAUUAGUAAGUGCAGACUGACUUAGUUUAUGCCUCUGUUUGACCAAGCAGCAUCAAUUAGGCUGUAUACUGUUUAUGAAGUCUUGGGUAUUUCGCCCGUGAAACUGACAAUGUUGAUGUGUUGUUUUCUUCGUGUAAAACAAUCCUGUUGGUUUGGUUAGAAACACCUUGUCUUACUGUGUGAUUUCAAUAGAAAAUAAGUUACAUAGUUUAUUGUGAAAGUUGGAGCAAUACUCGCUAGGACAUGUUUUGAUCCGGGUUAUGUUUCUUUUACACUGACAUAAAUACCAGUGCAGCACUCACGGUCUGGUUUUGCCUGUAUUUGUUAUAUACUAGAUGCAUCUCAUGGUGCAGCCUCUUUAAGCUAAGCAUUCUAAAUUCUUAAUGUUUUUCACCCGUGUUUCUACCUUCCUUUUACACGGUGGUUUUGAAUUGCUUUGGGAUUGAACUCCCUUUCUCCCAAAUGUUGGUGUGCUACAUUUCACCCUGGUAUUACUUGAAGGAUAAUUCUGUUUCCAAGGUUGCUUUACUUCAUUUUGCUGUUGCACAUGCUCUAUUAUAAAGAAGAGGUUUCUUGUGUAUUUAGCGAGCAUCCAACUACAUUUGGGCGUUGUUAAAUAUCUUUAUCCAACUGAAGCGUCAAGAUCUGGAUGCUCUAUUAAUAUGUCCCCGUUUUUUUCCCUUGUCAUCUAGUUUGUCCGUAGGGUAAGUCAGAGUUGCGAUUCAGCAAGCUUUCUUAAAUAGCCUGUUGCGGCUCUGUUGACUUGUUUAAGAUUUCGAGCAUUUCUAGCCCACAUAGGUGUUUUAAUAGUUUGUUGCUGUCAUGAAGUAUGCCCUGUUUUCCAGGCUUUUAUAAUGUCAACGAUUAUGAAAAGUCUGGUGAUCAAUGCCAACUGGCCUUUUUCUAGAUUUUGCUCAAGUUCUUCUUACACCAGUCAUCCAGAGGAUAUCUUGGUAUCCUGGAACCAAGUGAAAUUCCAUGCAAAUUAACGUUCAUUUUUGGGCUCUGUAUUCUUUCUCUCAUAGAUUAUUUUAUUCAGCCUCACCAUUUGAAAGCAUAACUAGAUUUUUGCAGGACUGCAAAACCAAUUUUCCAAUCCAGCAAAAAUGGUGGCAAACAAAAACUGCUGAUAAGCGGAGAAGCUUCAGAGAUCUAGGUGAAUUCUGAGUCAUAUAGGCUAGAACAGCCUGUAGCUAGAGUGCUACUAGGAAAUCUUGCCAGCAAUCUUGGGUACACAAGUCCCGUCCUAGCUUCCACGCAGGUGCUAUAAAAGCUGUGCUAGACAAGCUUAUUAGAUCCCAAGGCUUUUCUAAAUCCUUGCGAUUUCUCAAAUCAGCUUCAUUUUUUUUUUUUCGUGUUUCUAAAAUACGAGGUGCAGUCAAGUUGUCAGGGACAAGUUUUAUAUUGUAAAACAAAAGAGUAGCAGAAUGAUGCAUGCACAGUUGUCAAACAGGAAUCUUCAUGAGUCAUUGUGCUAAAGGGCAUCAUUCUGUGAGCAUUUGGAAUUGCGCUAAUUGCGUUUUUAUGGCCACAAGGACAUUGGCGACUUCAGCAUGGGCUGCAAACCAGAGCUGAAAGUGAGCAUUAAUUCUGUAUCCAACUCGGCAAAUCGGGAGCCGAGGUCUUUAAAAUGAAUCGGCAGGCUUGUGGUGAAAAAGCAGUGAAUCGUGCAAAGUGUUCCGAGUGGCACUCGUGCUUCAAGAAUCGCUCUGGUUUGAAGCUUAUACCCAAAUCGCCAAUGUGCACAUGGUUACAAAAACUCUCGUAAUGCAGCUCCAAAUGUUCACAGAAUGGUGCCCUUUAGCAUGAUGACACACGAAGGUCCCUGCCUUUGACAGCUGCACGCACAUCACUGUGCUGCCCUCUAUUCUUAUGCUACAAAGCUAGUCCUUGAAAUUUUUGAUUGCACCUCAUAGUCACGACUUGAGUUGAGAUAAGCUAGCAACUCUGAAGUGCUUUUCUACAUACUUAAGGUGAGCAUUAAGACGAUGCAGAAAGCGUUGUCUAUCUGGCUUGGUUUCCCUUGGCGCAGCAGGCGCUUGCGUGUUGCCUCGUAUUUUGUCGACGAGUCUGCUAUUUUGGUGAUGGCUCCCAGCUCUUACUGUUGUCCCGAACAACAGCACACCUGAUGUCUUGGCGACAGACCUUGUGGAAACUUUCUAGUCAUGGGAACUUAGCUCGGCCUUCUUCACAGUUUGGAGGAACUGACUUAACUGGUACCGGUUGCUUGCUGUUGCUCGCUGCAAUUGAACCGCACUGUCGCCGAAGCACAAGGUGCGAUGUGCGAUCACCUACAGAAGAGAGUUUUCAGCUGUCGCAACUGUGCGUAGGAUCGCUCGUGACGAGUUUUUUAUUUUUUUCUCUGUAUAUUUUCAUGUUUGCUCUUUUUUUCGCAGAAUUGUGAUGGAGCCUCUUCUGAAGAGAACUCUCCACCAUAGUGUACCUGUGCUAGUCAAAAAAACAAACAAAAAAAUUGGUGUACAAUGUUUAUCUUUUGCACACAGUUCGCACCGUUCGUCAGUGAUAGGUGCAUAUGGUAGCCACACACUGCUUCGUUGAUUUAGGUUUGAUAUGAGAAUUCCUUUGUGUUCGCCAAGCACAAUUGUUUUCUUCCGUAUGUGCAUGUCUUUGUUGCCAGGUCAUGUUUGUGCAUCCACUCCUGGAAAAUGCCAUUGUCUGGGGAGUUUGUAUGUUCUACGCUUGCCUUCAUUUACUUUGUUCCGUAACAUGGGUCAGGCGUCGUGUUUUAAUGCUUGUUCUGACAAUGUAGCACAGUGUGCCGAGCACACCCACACUUGUUGGGUAGAUACAGCAACGCCAUAAGAGGGCCGAUGUGGGCCGACACCUGGUGCAGGGCUUGUUUUUUUCCCUGCAUUUUCUGUGUUACCAAAGAGAACCGAUGAAGUGAUCGUUGUAUCCAUCCUCCUACCCUCGCUCGUUUUACACGUGUUAUGUCCGGCAUGGCAGGAGCCCCCAUAGUAAUUUUCUGCUGCAUAUUCGUCUGUGGCACCUUGUAGUGCUGAAACUGUUGCUCUUCGGUGUGCGUUGUUGUCUGGUGCAGGAUGAAUUAAGGAUCACUCCGCAGAGUCAGGAAAUAUAGCCGCCAAAUCUAACGGAAGACCAGCUAGCUAGGCACUACCAAUCAGUAUACUAGUAUUUGUGCUUGGCUUCAUAGCAGGGGCUAUCUCUUUCUCCUGGUUCACAUAAGAGGACGGCGAAUUUUUGCAUUCUAAAUUACUGGUGUCGUGACAAGUCUUUUGCAGACUUUCUGGGAACAGCCUCAUGAACAAAGAUCUAACCCCACUUGCUUUGCAUCGUCCAUUCUUCGUGUCCACUGGAGUGUUUCCCGCACUUCCAAGCCAAGUGCCGCUAUCCUUGAAGCAAUACAGUGUGCUGAAGCUGCUGUUGCUGCAAUACUACCGCAUUAAUUGCUACACCUGGAUGCCUCUUGCACAGUUAUUUUCUUGCACAUACAGUAUUGCCAAUGAUUCAUUGCACCAGCAGUUGCAUGUUCCUUCAAUUGCCAUAUUUGUCAUAAGGGUUGCAAAUUUGGGAUGCUCGUCAGCUCUCAGUCGAUGGCUGACGAUGCCUGCAGAUCUUUGGAAUCCUCUAAAUGUUGCUAGAAACUUGACGGACCAUUUGAGUGUUAGUGAUUGCAGUGGAGUGCAGGUUCUAUGAAUCUCGGUGUCGGAUAUCUAGUGGCACGUACCACUUCCCAUUUCAGCAUACUUUUUUUUCAUCACUGGGAAGUGCACUAUUAUGUGCACUUCCCCUGUGGCACGAUUCUUUCUAGUGUAACUGGCGGGCUAAUUUACUUGGACAGUGCGGCUAAGGUUUCUAUGCCAGCGUUGCACCCACAUAGUUUGUGCAGACAGUGCCGAAGGCAGAAGAGGUGGUGUAUUUUUCCUUUGGAUAUAAUUUCUUACGCUCUGUACACAGUUGUGUGCUGCAACAGGCAGAUAGCAUGUCAACAGCUGUUUCGUUCUGACACCGGCCUUCUUGUCAAGGGUAUUAUUUGCAUUUCCUUUGCCAUCUUGCAAGAAUGUGCUUGUGCCGUUCGACGCUCCGUACAUCUGAGUUCCAGUUUGUGAGGGGGAUCUGCCAUAGCAGAUUGGCACCACAGCACAGUUAGCAACGAAGAGUCAUCUAGAGCUGGUGCAUCAAAGUCUCCACAAAGUGUUUUUUUUUUUGUUUUCAAUGUGCAUGUUUGUGCAUUUCAGUCGUUGUAAAGAAAUCUUCCUUGGGAAAGGUAGGAAAGGGGUUUUCCUGUCCCCCAAGGAAGGCAGCUUGCACCCGUUCAAGGUGGAGUGUCCCUUUGGCAUCCAGGGAGGCUUUCGAAUCGCGAGGCCUCAGAGGUGCUAAUAGUGUCCAUUCCCGACGCCUCGGUGAAUUGCAAUAAAAUGUUGGUCACAA